UGACGACCAGAGACGACAAGUACCAUACUGCGGAUUGAUCACCGCAUCAAUCACAAGGUCCACGAAAGGCCAACAACAACACCCCGACCCACACCACUUCAUAUCCUGUCCCACACCAUAUGGCACACCACCUCCUCAUCAAAUGUUGGUUGCAAAACCUUUGUUUCCAGUGGUUUUGCAUGUUUUAUUCCACCACUUCCCCUCAAGACACACCUCAUCAUGCAGGAUAUGCAUUUCGGUUCCUAAACGAAAAAGGCCCCCCCCAGCUAACGCUCUAGGAACUCAACGCACGUGCCCCAACACAAUCACGCCCCUCAGCACCUCGGUGCGGGCGGAGCAUGAGGAACUAAAGCUUCGCGAGAGCAUGGGCUACGAUGCGAAGAAAAUGGCGGAGCUUUGGAGUGCUCCACCACCACUAAAGGAGCUAGAGUUGAAGUUGACGCACUACCAGAACGAUGACCAGCAGCUCACCCUGACAGUGGUGAACAACUUGCUGGUUCGACAGUUGAAGGAGCGCAUCGUAGAGGAAGUCGGCAGAGGGACCCCCUCCAAGAUCAUGCUGUCGGUGAGCGGUGAAAACGCACUCAAUGAUGAUGUUGCUCUUAGCUCUCUGGAGAACGAGAUACAAGGCGGAUUGCUGGUGAUGGGCAUUGACAUGUCCAAAGGCAAAGAGGUCAGAAUCAAGCUCGUUCAUGCAGCAUCAGACACUCCGCAAAGCCUCACUUUGACCGUCUUAGACACUGUCACCAUGCUCGAGCUACGGCGGCAGAUCAUGGAAAGACUGGGAGAGACGAGCUUGAGCAAAUGCAAGCUUGUGCGGAGAGUUGCUGCUGGUGGCUUUCAGGGUCUGGGCGAUGACGAGCGACUCAACAAGAAGCGAGAACUUUUGUUCGGGAACCCAGAGGAAGAUCCGCCAGUCACUUCCAAAGCGGAGGAGGCGCCCAAGAAGGUAAGCGAAGGGACCAAGCCGAAGGCAAAGCCCAAGGCGGAGCAAACUGCGCCAAAGAAGGAGGUGUCUCAGCUCAAGGCUGCAGAAGAGGUGAAGCCAAAAGUUCAAAGUGCAAAGGAGCUCUCUGUGGCACAGCCUCGCGAGAUGCACGUGAAGAUUACGCACCUUCUUGAAGCGGACCAAGAGAUGUCCCUGGGAGUCUCAAGCGACUUCUUGGUGCGAGAGUUGAAGGACUUUAGCAUUGCGAGGAUGAAAAGCGAUGGCACGGAUCCUGUAAAGGCACGGGCUUCUUUGGGCCCGCUCUUUGCCUCUGCUUGCAUGGCACCCCUUCGGAAUCGACAGCUCCCUGUGAGCAAAAAGGGCUUCGAGGACUUCUUCGCAGUGGUUUGGCAAAACCGCUCCGAUCCCAAGAUCGUGGCACUGACCUCGCGAAUCGAAGGCCUGCUUGGCGUGCCUGCAGGGCAGUGGUUUGGCUUUGCCUCAUAACCGCUGCUGAAGGCCCACUGAGAUUGGUAAAGUUUUCACCCAUGAGCCGCUGCAUGAAGGCCUGCACGGGGCAAGCGUGUAAGUUUUGCUGCAAGCUUCUGGGAGCAUCGAGAACUUGUUUGAAGAAAGCUGUCCUGGUUUUUGAGUAUCCGUUUGGAUGAACUGGAUGUUUCGAGGUGCUUUUGAUGUUUCUUGUGUCCCUCUUUGCUCCCGUUUUUCGUGGAAAAGAUCCACCGGGUGAUCGAUGUGGCCGUAGGUUGUCGCCGACCCCGUGUGCAAUGCACAUGGAUAUUUUCCAUUUACGACAUGCGUCGAUCACCACAUCUUGGUGUGGCAAAA